CAGCCAAGCAGUGAGGAGACGGCUCUGCAGAAACCCAGCAACGGCGGGAGCUGCUGGGGCCGAGGGACAGAGGGGACAGCCCAGCCGAGCAGGACCCGACCCCAUGGGCUCCCGGCACUUCCCCGCGCGGACCGUGCUCUUUGAGAGGGAAUCCAACGGCGUCACGUACCGCGUGCCCGCCCUGCUCUACCUGCCCUGUGUGGCCAAGCUGCUGGCGUUCGCCGAGGAGCGGCUCAGCGCCGACGACGCCCACGCCAACCUGCUGGUGCUGCGCCGCGGCACCAUCUACGGCAGCUACGUGGAGUGGGAAGACAUGCGCGUGCUGGAGACGGCGACGCUGCAGCACCACCGGUCGAUGAACCCCUGCCCGCUGUACGAUGAAUUCACGGGCACCCUCUUCCUCUUCUUCAUCACGGUGCUGGGCAGGACGCCCGAAGCCUACCAGAUUGUCACUGGCCAGAACGUCACCCGCCUCUGCUGCGUCACCAGUGCCGACCAGGGCCUGAGCUGGAGCACAGCCACGGACCUGACACAGCAGGUCAUUGGUGCAGCCAUCAAAGACUGGGCGACGUUCGCGCUGGGCCCUGGGCACGGGAUCCAGCUGCGCUCCGGCCGGCUGCUGGUGCCCGCCUACAGCUACCACAUCGACUGCAAGGAGUGCUUCGGGCAGCUCUGCAAGACCACCCCGCACUCCUUCGCCUUCUACAGCGACGACCACGGCCACGGCUGGCGCUUCGGGGAGUUCAUCCCCAACCUGCAGACGGGCGAGUGCCAGCUGGUCUCGGUGGAUGAGGAGGAUGGAUCCAACGUCCUGUACUGCAACGCCCGCAGCCCGCUGGGCUUCAGGGUCCAGGCGCUCAGCACGGAUGACGGGGCCGUCUUCCACAGGGGGCAGCUGGUCCAGCGGCUGGUCGAGCCCCCCCAUGGCUGUCAUGGCAGUGUCAUCGGCUUCCCAGCACCAUUUGUGUAUGUCCCCACCAUCUCCCAGGACUCUGUGUUGCCCCUCCGGGGCUCAGCUCGACGGCUGCUCCCCAGGAUGUUCCAGGGGUUUCGGUACCUGCCCACCCAGAAGGCAGCAGGUGAUGGGCUGCCCACUGUGGCCACCAGCAGCCACCACGAGCCAAACGAGCCUGAUGAGGACUGUCCUACCCCAGGGCAUCACCAACAAGCCCACAGUGUCACCUUGGCCCAGGGGGACCCUGCAGCAACCCCCAGCCCCACGCCCUUCUUCCAAGCGCCGACAUGGAUCCUCUACUCCCACCCCACCAGCUCCAUGUUGCGGGUCAACAUGGGGGUUCACCUGAGCACCUUCCCCAGGGAUGCAGAGAGCUGGACAGAGCCCUGGGUCAUCUACGAGGGCCCGAGUGCUUACUCAGACCUGGCUUACAUGGAGCUGCCCUACGCGGAGGCGCCGGUGGCCGGUGGCACGGCCAUCGCCUUCGCCUGCCUCUACGAGAACGGGACGAGGUCGCCCUACGAGCAGAUCUCCUUCAGCAUGUUCACGCUGCACGACGUGCUCCAGAACAUCCCCGUGACAGCCACUGCUCCCCGCCAGGGCCGCAGCCCCCGGCGCCGCGGGAAGCGGGGCCGAAGGAGCUGCCCCGUGUCCUAG